UUGGACACCUCGUAUCUAAAGGUUACGAAAAAAAAGUUAAAACAAUUGUAGCAAUAUAGCACUUUGAAAAGAAAAGAUCAAUCUGAUUCUAUUCUAACAGAUUUGAUCAUAGUGUUCAACGUUGCGUUUACUACUUAUCAGUUAGUUUUCACCAUUAAAUGUAAUCUCUAUUAAUCAAACACCCAUCAAACACACCAGCUUCAUUGCUUGUUUUUGUGCACAAAUGCGAUUGUUACAAUGGCUAGUACAGCUCCGUUGGUAAUGCGCUUGGUUGGUAGCUCAAUAAAGAUUGCGCAUCGAGCAGGCGGGAUUAUUCGCGAUGUCAUGUGCCGUGGUGAUCUGGGUAUUGUCGAGAAAGGAAAAGACGAUCUUCAAACCGAAGCCGACCGAUCGGCGCAACGUUGCAUAGUCGCAUCUCUUACCAAACUUUUUCCCGAUGUGACCAUCAUUGGAGAAGAAGGGCCCAGCGAUUUAAAUGUGCCAGAAGAUUGGUUGAUUACGGAAAGUAAUGUGGAAUUUUUAGAAAAACAUAAAUGCCCUGAACCUUUCGUCGAUCUGAAGGAAUCAGAUGUAGUGAUUUGGGUGGAUCCGUUAGAUGGCACUAGCGAAUACACCCAAGGCUUCCUCGAACGAGUGACGGUACUGAUUGGUAUCGCAGUCAAUGAUAGAGCUGUCGGUGGGGUAAUACAUCAGCCUUACUAUAAGGCUGAUUCCGGUGAUGUUGGUCGCACUAUCUGGGGCUUGAAGGGCUGUGGUACUGGCGGUAUUUUGCCUGUAUUGCCGCCUAUGGAUCGUUUUUGGGUAACAACGACUCGAUCACAUUCCAACGGUAUCGUACAAUCUGCUCUGGAUGCUUUGGCACCUGAUGAAAUAUUACGUGUUGGUGGUGCGGGUUAUAAGGUUUUGCAGCUACUGGAAGGCAAGGCGCAUGCAUACGUGUUUGCAAGUGCUGGAUGUAAGAAAUGGGAUACCUGCGCGCCAGAAGCAGUUCUAGAGGCCAACGGUGGAAAACUUACCGAUAUGCUUGGACGACAUUAUCGAUAUGGUAGGGAUGUAAAUUUUCCCAACAGCAGUGGCGUAUUAGGCUCUGUGGCAGGUGUAUCACACGAUGACAUUCUUUCAAAAAUACCAGUUACUGUUAAGCAGGCAAUGGACACGUCUUAAUAUAGUUGAUUUUGUUGAGAUAAUCAAUACUUUAUUUUAUUUUUUAUGUCACAUUAAAGUUUUGAAUCAUACAUGAAACACCAUACUAUAUUACUGUGCUCAUUAUAUGAAAGAUAAUCCCUUCACUAAGGUUGUAUUUUGGUAUCCCAUACAAGUUAAGUAAUAUUUAAAACCACAUAUGAUGUACUUGUUCAGUCAUGUCUUUGCAGACAAAUGCAAUAAU